AUCAUCACGUCCAACACCAUGAUGAACAAGAGAAACGCUGGCGGAAUUGAAAAGCAAGUGGUGUGGAGGAAGAGAUUCAAGAUCGAGAAGGAGCAGAUUAAUAAUAUUUGCAAUUAUCUGACCGAUGGAAAAUUCACUGAUAUUUCAAAUUCUUCAAAACGUAGAACGCAGAAAAAGAAGAAGAGAAUUGAUGAAGAGGAAAUAGUUGAAACUAAAAAUCCAUCAUCACCAGGUGGAUUAGAUGUCUAUGAAAACACAAAAUACUAUGAAUCGAUAAGUAACUUUGCUUCACAAUGGAUAAUUUCGCAAGAGGAAUUAAAUCACUUGGCUGAACAAGUCCAAGCUGAAGACAAGGAGCAACGACUAAAAGAUCGCCUUUCUGAGGAGUAUGAAAUACAACAACGUCUAAAAGAAAAGGAAGUUAAUCAUCUUUCCUCUUUACUUCAGUCCUCUAGGAAAACAUUAUCAUCUUUGGCGGAAUUGUUAGAGCAAACAAAACCUACAAUGAUCAAACCAGAAGUUGAUCCAUUGCCUCUUCAACCAACAACAGCAACAGCUGUUUCUACACCACCUCCUCGUCAAACAAGUUCAACUGCUACCAAUGCUAAUGCUAAUAAUAUUACAACAACAGCGAUGGAACAAAGGGAGUUACCUAAUAAUUCAACAACAACAAAUAGUAAUAUUCCUUCACCAUUCGCUGCUAAACCUCCUCCAAUGGCUAAUAAUCAAUCAGCUAUGAAUACUAAUCCUCCUAUUAUUGGCACUAGUAACAUGACAACAAAUCAUCAACCACCACUUAUUUCACCAGAUUCUGCUUCAAAUUCUACAACGAAUAGUGUUCAACCAACUCAACCACCACCUUCACAUCAACAAGGAAGUACAACCCCAUCCUCCUCUCUAAGUAAUCAAUCUAGUCUUCAAAUCAAAGAAAUACCCGACCAUUCUCCACCACCUCCAUACUAUCCACCUUCAUCUAGUUUACCAUCUCACAGUCCUCACGUUAAUGCAUCAAAUAGUAUGAUGAUGAAUAAUUCACAACAAAGGCAUUCAUAUCACAAUCAUUCUAGGUACCAACAACCUCCUCCACCUCCACAUCAUCCACCUAAUAUGUGUGCACCUCCAAUAGUACCUCCUUAUAUGCCACCACAUCACUAUCACAAUCCAUAUCCUCAAUAUCCAUACAUUAAUCAUAAUGAUAGACAAAGAAGAAAGAGGUGAGAUUUGUAAAUAAACCAUUUAUUUAAAGAGUUUUAAU